AUGUUUCAAACACGUAUAUUUUCGAUUAUAUUAUUUAUUAUUAUUCAAUAUUUUAUAUUUGUUCAUAGUCAAUGUCCAUCUAAUGUCUUAAUAAAACCAUGUUUAUGUAUUGAGAACAAUUCAUCAAAAAAUAAUGAAAUGGUACUCUAUCCAACCCUAACAGACAUGAUUCCAAUUCGUCAAAAAUCAAUUGUAUGUGAAAAUAUUAAAAAUUCAUCCAUAGAUUUACGUUCUAUUUUUAUUAAACUUAGUACCAUAUUAGCAACAAAUAAUCAAUCAUAUAAUCUUACGAAUUUUAAUGAUUUUCUUUUACAUAAUACAGAGAUUAAUCAUCUACCAGAAAAUGUUUUUGGAAAUAUUACCUUUUCUUAUAUUAUAUUAUAUCAUAAUACAUUAUUAAAGUCAAUUGAUAUUAAUGCAUUUAAUAAUACAAGAAAUUAUGUUGAAGUAUUUAGAACUUUAAAUACAAGUUUAUCAGAUAGUAAAACAUUAUUUACAAUAAUAAAUGAAUUUAAGAAUUUAAGACUUCUUAGUAUGGAAAAUGAUAAACUAAAAUCAAUUCCAGAUAACGCAUUCAAUCAUACUGAACUUCGAUAUAUCUGGUUUGGUGCUCAUUAUAAACAAACAUCACAACCAAUUGAUCACAUUGGUAAAUAUCCAUUUUAUAAUGUACCAAAUCUAGAUGCAUUAAGGAUCUUUUCGCCUGUACUAACAAAAAUUGGUAAAUAUUCAUUGGCUAUAAAUAGACGAGCAACAUUAAUUGAUGAUGAUGAUUUGAAUAAUAUG